GUUCCAGCUGAAGGUUCUUCCUCGUUGCCCUCUGCUGCUUCCAGCCAGAACUCCUGCAGAUCUCCGUCAUGGCGGUUCAGACUCCAGCUCUGGUCUCCACUCAGUGGCUCAUAAACGCCGUGAAAACCAACCAGGUCGGUCCGAAGCUGCGGAUCCUGGACGCGUCCUGGUUCCUGCCGAUCAUGAAGCGGGACGCCAAGGCGGAGUUUGCGCAGCAGCACAUUCCCGGUGCGUCCUACUUCGACAUCGACGCCUGCAGCGAUCGGAGCUCCGGACUGGACCCGAUGUUCAUGUUACCGGACCCCAGCAGCUUCUCCCGGUACGUCGGAGAGCUCGGAGUCAGCAACGACACGCACGUCGUCGUGUACGACUUCGGCUCGUUCACCGCGUCCCGGGUGUGGUGGAUGUUCCGGGUGUUCGGCCACAGCUCGGUGUCGGUUCUGGACGGAGGGAUGCGGGGCUGGAUGGCUGACGGCGGCCCGCUCACUGCAGAGUCCAGCCGACCGGAGCGCACCGACUUCAGGGCGACUCUGAACCGGUCCUGGGUGAAGAACUACGAGGAGAUUCUGGAGAACAUCAGAACCAAGCGGGUCCAGGUGGUGGAUUCCCGAACAGAGGGUCAGUUCAGAGGCACCGAACCGGAACUAAGACCAGGCGUCCUACCUGGACAUUUCCCUGGAACCAUCAACAUGCCGUUCAUCAGUUUCCUGGAUGAAAGUGGGAAGCUGCAUGGAGCUGAGCGUCUGUCGGAGAUGUUCAAGGAGGCAGGUGUGGACCUCCAGAAGCCUCUCUGGGUUACCUGUUCUUUUGGUAUCACAGCCUGUCAGGUAGCUCUGACUGCUCACCUGCUGGGACACCCCGGGGCUUGUAUCUACGACGGGUCCUGGAGUGAGUUUUUCGUGAAGGCGUCUCCAGAGUACAUCAUCUCUGAAGGAGAAGCCAAGAAGGUCUGAAGCAGCAGGAUGAUGCUGGAAUCACUCCUGAUCAAAAUAGCCAGUUUACAGCUUCACACAUCUCCACAAAUUCCACAAAAUAUUAUCUUAAUAUAUGAAAUACCUUAAGAUAUCAUUUUCACUCUUAUUUUUCAUCAUAUUCUUCACCCCCGUCUCUUUGUGUUUGUUUUGUAAGUUUUUGUUGUGUUUUUUUUUUUUUUUUGGUCUUUCUGUGUUGCUUUUACAUCAUCGUGCUUCACUGUCAGGACUAUGCAUUCACUGUGGAAGUCCAGGUUCACACCAAAAUACUGGUCUUUGUUCUUGUCCUCCUACCAUAGAGGUUGAUGUUCUGAAGUAUCCUUCACACAGCUCUGAUUAGUAGUACUACGACUCCUUCUAUAUAUAUGUACUUCCUGCUAUAUUGAAAAAAGUUGUGAUCAGUUUGUUUUCUUUAACAACAACAGAUAAAAUGUAUGUGUAGAAGUCCUCCAGCUUUCUAUUUACUGGCAGAUUAUUCAUCUUAAAUCCUCUAAUCUCUGCCCAGCCCUUGAUUUCAAAUACAAUCUGUUUAUUCAUUAACCAGAUAGUCUGGUUAUGCUUGUGAGCUAAAGGGCAUCAAGCUCAGAGGUGCUGAAUCCAGCCCUACAGGAUAAUAAAGAAUGAUCCAGUCUCAAGUUCUAAAUGUUUUCUGUUUACUCCACAAAAUGCACCUUUAACCCAGUAAAUAACAAAAGUGCUGCUUUGUCUUAUGCCAAGAUGCCUAAUUUUCUACACAAAGUUUCUAUUUUUAAUCUUUUCUUAAAGACUGUGUGUAGAUGUUUGAUUUUGACUAGUAAUGAUGGAAUAAAUUAAUCUAAUGUGAAAAAGAAAAAUAAAUUGCUGAACGGAAUUCUUGUUUAGAGAGUUGCUUUGA